GUUAAGAUACAUGUAAUUAUUUUACGCCACUUACUAUCAUUGUAUCUCCUUACGUACUUUGGUCAAUCAAUUAAACAGUAUUUAAAGUCAGGAAAUGAAAUUUUAAGGGUACUUGCGUACGUAUAAUUGUGACUGAUUCACACAACAAUUACUCAGAGGAUGUCAAUUGAUUGAACCUCCUUCAAUUUGCUGAAAAAUAAAUUUUCUUGAUAAUAAAAAAGUGAUAUUUGCUGGAAUAGCGUAUCUAUAUAAUAAUGAAUAUGUAAGCAUAAGUGCGAGUUAUGAUAAACAUGGAAUUAAAAAAAUGAUGAAGUUAAAAACCUGGAGCAAUUCCAAUAAUUCUUUAUAGUCAAUUUCGUUUUAUACUGAUUUUUUUAACUGGGAGUGUAAAAUAUGAUUUUGGUUUGUUCACAGCUGUACGUGUUGUGUUAAUAUAAUUCAACAUUUUGUGACUUUUCAUUGCUAAUUUAAAAUUCUGGUGCUUUCAAACAUUUUAAAAACAUUGAAGUUAUUGUUGUUUUUCAGUAAUGUUGUGUUUUGUAUAAUUUCAAAUAAAAACAACUGAAUUACACGUAUAUGAAUAUUUUGAUAUGUAAUUUAAUAAUAAUCAAUGUUGUGCAAAGUCAGAUAGAUGGAAACAUUUUGAAAGAUUGUUUAUCAAUAUAAAGUAAAAAAACAAACAUAAAAGACAAAUAUGUAUAACAAUCAUGGACAGCUACCGAGCCAAGUGUCGGUCCGUGUGAUGGUGGAUAUUGUCAUAUGGUUUGCUGUGGCAGUACCGGUGUUGCUCCUAUUUAUACAAGGUAAACCUUAUGAAAGAGGAUUUUUCUGCGAGGAUCAGUCUUUAAGUUUACCUUACAAGCCGGAAACUCUUUCAACAUCGUCCCUUCUUGUAGCCGGAGUAGUUGUUUCCUUUCUCGUGAUUAUUUUAACGGAGGUAUUGAGCUGUUUGAACGCGAAAUGUCACACCCGCUGUCUCACGAGAGAGAGACUUAUUUACAGCAUCAAGUGCUAUGCUGUCUUCCUGACUGGGUUCAUACUACAGCAAGCAAUUGAAAAGGUCGUAAAGAAUAGGACCGGAAUACUCCGACCAAACUUCUUUGAUGUUUGUAAACCCCGCCCUUUCGGAACGGGCAGUGGUUCUAUCAGCUAUAUUACUAACUACACGUGCGCUGGUUCCGACCAUAAGGAGAUACGGGAGAGUCGAUUAUCGUUCCCAUCCGGUCACUCUUCACUUGCUUUGUAUAUUGCCGUCUACUUUAGU